AGGCUUUAUGACUAUAAUAAAAUACUCCCUUGCAAACAUUCACAAACUCAUAAGCUAGUAUAAUAUUACUACAUACUUCAGUUCAGUGCUUGCUCUUAUUCCAAGUUCUUAAAUCCCAACCAUAAUCUUUAUUUAAAUCAUGUCCACCCCCAUCAAUCUAAUUGAUUUUUUGGUAAACCAAGCCAAUGGUGUAAAAGGUCUUGCUGAGCUAAAUCUCCCUACUGUCCCUCACCAAUAUAUCCAACCUAUCCAAGCUAGAUUGGACUCAUGCAAAAUUAUCCCCCAUGACUCAGAAGAACAAUCAAUACCCAUCAUUGAUUUCACAAACUGGGAUGACCCAGAUGUUCAAGAUUCAAUUUUUAGUGCUGCAACUAAGUUGGGUUUCUUCCAAAUUGUGAAUCAUGGUAUACCCAUUAACGUCCUUGAUGAUUUGAAAGCUUCUGUCCACAAGUUCUUUGAAUUACCAGUUGAAGAGAAGAAAUCUGUGAAAGAUUCACCACCUGAAGUUGUGAGGUUGUCCACCAGUUUUAGCCCUCUUGCUGAGUCAGUAUUGGAGUGGAAGGAUUACUUGCGGCUUGUGUAUACUUCAGAAGAGAAAAUUCAUGCAUAUUGGCCUGCUGUAUGCAAGAAUCAAGCACUAGAAUAUAUGAAAUAUGCUGACGCUUUUAUUAGAAAAUUGCUACAAGUGCUUCUUAAGAAACUGAAUGUGAACGAGUUAGACAAAGAAAGAGAACACGCUUUAAUGGGUGCAAUGAUAUUAGGCUUCAAUUACUACCCUGCUUGUCCUGAACCUGAACUUGUAUCAGGAGUAGGUCCUCAUUCUGAUAUAUCAUCAAUCACUGUCCUUCUACAAGAUGAUAUUGGCGGACUUUAUGUAAGAGGCAAAGACGGCGAUAGUUGGAUAAAUGUUCCUCCUGUUAAUGGAGCGUUGGUGAUCAACAUUGGGGAUGUGCUACAGAUAAUGAGCAAUGGAAGGUACAAAAGUAUAGAGCAUAGAGUGGUUGUUGAUGGAAACAAAACUAGGAUCUCCAUGCCAAUCUUUGUCAACCCAGCACCUGAUGCUGUCAUUGGUACUUUGCCAGAAGUGUUGGAGAAUGGAGAGGAACCACAUUAUAAACAAGUAGUGUUCUCGGAGUAUUUCAACUAUUUCUUCAGCAAAGCUCAUGAUGGGAAGAAAACUAUUGAAUUUGCAAAAAUAUGAUUUGCAUUCAUCAUGGAUGUUGCCAUGUUGGUUUAAGUCAACAUUGGUCCGACGAAAUAAUAUUUGGAUCUACAUAAUUUAGUGGAACAUAUUUAUAUUUCAAUCAACAUGAGAAUUGUGCGGGGGCUGAAGAAGUUUGCUAGAGAAUGUGCUAACUUUGAAAAUCUGCUUUAAUACGUAAUUUUCUUUUUUGUUAUUGUGUGCAACUAUUUGUACUUGAUUAUAUUAUAUAUAGAUAUAAUCAACUUUGGCUUAUUUACAA